UCACGCCCGACGCUUCGCUCUCCUCGCCGAGAAAAUGGCGGCUACUGCACCUGGGGAGUACCUUAGUGUCGGGAGCAACGUUUCAUGUCUCACCUGCCUGGGUCAGCAGUUACAAGGGGAGGUCGUGGCUUUCGAUUACCAGUCUAAGAUGCUGAUUCUGAAAUGUGCUCCCUCCAGCGGAAAGCCCAACCUAAGUGAUAUUGUCCUGAUAAAUUUAGCUUGUGUUUCAGAAGUGGAUAUAAUCAAUGACCGCUCUGAAACCCCUCCCCCUCUAGCCUCCUUGAAUAUUAAUAAGCUGUCCAUUCGCGCACGGACGGAGAAGGAAGACAAGCUGUCUCUGGCAUAUGCAGUUAGCGCUGGCGUCUCUGUUGCGGGUCAGCAGCUUUUCCAAACCAUACACAAAACUAUCAAAGACUGUAAGUGGCAGGAGAGGAACAUAAUUGUGAUGGAUGAUGUCAUAAUCACGCCGCCUUAUCAGGCAGAAAACUGCAAAGGCAAAGGAGGCAGCGCUUUAAGUCAUGUACGCAAAAUAGUUGAGAAGCAUUUUAAAGAUGUAGAAAGCCAGAAGUCAGUGCAACAUUCGCAAGCUCAGACGGCACAGAAGGACUCCGCUUUGACGUCCUGAGCCGCUGGUUUGGUUGCUGGGAAGACAGCAACUGGCAGUUGUUAUAUAUUUUCCAGUUGCCAGAAAAGGGUGGUUCUUCAUCCUUUGCACCUGUGUGAGACCCCAAGGACCUUCCAGCUGCAAGAGGGGGGGGGGGAAAGAUUGUACUUUCUGACAAUUUUCCAGCUGUUCCCUUUCACUCUAGAAGAUUCCAUCCAUCGUUUUUUUUCUCCCACGGCACUUAUACCACUUUUUAAUUUUAAGAUUGAAGAUGGAAACAGAGCAUUCGUCAGAUCUCGUCUUGUUUGCAUCGUUAUACUCUUGUACCCUUUAAAUUUGACUGCAAAGACUGUGACUAUUCCUCCCCAAAAAUAACUAUGAAAAUAAACAAAUGAAGAAAAUUUAAAAAAGUAGAACUUGGAAAAGUCUUUCUAUCUGUUUUCACCCAUUUCAGAAGGAUACCGAUACAUUUUAAGACCAGAGUAAAUAAAUGAUUAAUGAGAGAGUUUCUGCGGGUUUUACAAAAGUUGUAAUGAAUUUAAAUUGUUUGUAGCCCUGUCGCUUUUUUUAAUUUUCAAAUUUUAAAUUUGAAGGAAUGGUGCCCUUAGGUGCUGAUAUCUUGUUGUACCUUUGAAAAUACCUUAAAUUGUGUAGUUGCCUAAAUGUACAUUGACCAUUUCUAUUGUAGCUCAGACUACAGAGAAUGUGUAACUGGUCGUACGACUCUAUUUUCUGUGGUACUUAAUUUUUAAUAUUAAAAUGCCCAUUUUGUUGUACCACUUAACUGAUGGGACCAUUUCUUUUUGAAAUUUGUCUACUGUCUCAUCCCGUAAUUUUUUUUAGUGCUCAGAAUCACUACAACAUUCCUUGCUCCUCUAGCCAAUGACUGAAGUCAUGUUCAGUGUUUUUUUUUUUUUUUUUUUAAGUCACUUUCUCUGAUGGUCUUUCUGGACAAAUUUAAACUUUCUUUAAAAAAAAAAAAAAAAUGAAAUUGUUUCCAACUUGGAGCUUGAUCUUGAGCGACGUGAUUGACACCUCUGUCAUACUCAAGCAAGCAUUGGGAAUGUCUGUUGUAGAUUCUUCUGAGUAUUUUAUUUUUCGAUGGUAAAUGAAAAUAAUAAAAAAAAAUCGAGUCUUCACCCUUU